AUGAUUGGAUUUAAACCUACUAUCCUCGCAACUGUUUUGACUGGGAUUGGGCUGGCGUCCGCCGCUAAGGACCCUGAGAUUUGGGGUUUUGGCACCAAGACGACUGGUGGGCGUGGUGCACCUCCAUCAAGCACCUAUACCGUGAAGAAUUUCAACGAGUUCAAGACGGCUCUGAACAACAGGGGGAAACCCCACUCUCCCAAGGUUAUUUACAUCGAUGGCGCUAUCUCCGGGAACUACCUUCCCAAUGGCCAGGUGGCUACUGAAAAGUACUAUUCGAAUGGCACUGUUUACUCCUGGCAAAACUACCUUGAUUCUUUCAAUCAAACUCUCCUAAACCAACUCAAGGCCUCAUCGGAUCCAACAGAUCAGGCCCGACUCCAGGUCCUCCAACUUCAGGAAUCUGCGAGAUACAACUCUUCCCUCGUACAAACUGCUCAAAUCUCAAUCAAGAUUGGCAACAAUACGAGCAUUAUCGGUAAACCGAAGCGAAAAAAACAGGUUGCUCGCCUAGAAGAUAUCGCUAUCGCUAUCAACCAAACCAACAACGUCAUCAUGCAGGAUUUCGAGGUUUACGCUCCAAUUGAUUUGUUUCCCGAAUGGGAUCCCACCGAUGGCUCUACUGGGAAUUGGAACUCUCGCUACGACGCGAUCGGAGUAGUCACUUCAACCAACGUGUGGUUUGACCACUUGACUAUCUCGGACGGGCUCCAUCCCGAUACGGAAGCGCCGACAAUCUUCGGCAAGAAGGUUCAACGUCAUGACGGUGCCAUUGAUAUUACGGAGGGUGCCGACCUAAUCACUAUGUCCCAUUGCCUGGUCUACAACCACGACAAGUCUCACUUGGUCGGGAACAACGAUGCCAAUAAUCUUGGACCUGGUGAUAUUGGCCGCCUCCGCGUUUCCUUCCACGCCAAUGCUUGGUUGAAUUCGCUGCAGCGCUCACCUCGUCUCCGUUUCGGCAAAGCCCACGUUUUCAACAACUACUAUAAAGCUAGCUUGCUUGAUCCCGAAGAGAAAUUGCAAUAUUUCCUUGGCAUGGGUAUUGAGAGUUCGAUUCUGUCAGAGGCCAAUGUAUUCGAGAUUGAGGCCAAGAAUAAGACGGAUGCAGUCAAUGCGGUUAUUGGGCAGUACAAAGGAUACCGCCUUAAGGACAAUCGAUCUUGGGUGAACGGUGAUUUUGCCAACAUCGAAGCUGUUGCUAAGUCAAAGUACGAUACUGCUAAAGCUGCUGAGAUUGCCGCUGCCGCUGCUGCCGGGCGCGCAGUUGCUGAGUGGGCAACACACAACUUUACCAAUGAACUCUUUAAACCAGACUACUUCUAUCGAUUGAAGAAGGCCGAGGACGUCAAGAAAUACGUACUUGCCAACGCGGGUGCUGGUAAACUUUAA